ACUAAUUGACACUAAUUGACACUACAAAAGAGCAACACAGGUACGCCUGAUUUUGUCUUUCGACAAGCCAGUUUGCAGCGGCGUGUCUGUUUCCCGACUAUAUAUUACCUCAUAUGCAGAUCUGUUACCAUUAAUCAAAUACAUCCCUUUUUUAUUGUUCCUUAUUUUGGACUCCUUGCAAUAAUUCUCUUGAUCAACCACUAUACCGCUGAAGCGAAUUGGAGACCACGGACCGCUAGCAGGGGUUAACACAUUAACGAGGCUGAGGCUGACUGCAGGUCGGUGCAGACACUUCAAGAUGGCUGGAAACAUCUCCGCGUCUCUUACUCGUCAUGCCACAAGAAAAAUAACAUUUUCUCGCACCGGAGCUACAAUCACGUCGAGUAUAAGCCGAUUGCGUUCCAUGCGUCGCUGUACGAGAAUUCGGUAGACAUGAGCGAAUACAGCGAUAGUGAGGGGGUCGACAGCCGCAAGCCGGGAGCUGAUCAUAUCAGCCCGGAUUACGCAGAUUUUAGUGACGAGAAUUCAAAUCACUCCAGGGUGGUACGUCACACCACCGUAUACAUCCGGCGUUCUCCCCACAGAGAAAGAGAAUCUCAAUCGACGUAUCAGGCUGGGCAGGCUGACGAGCACCGCUCUGACGUCGAGCCAGAGAGUGAAGUCGCCUUUGGAAACAAUGACGACGAGUCCGGGACUGAAGAGCUUAACUUUGAUGCGCGAGAAGAAGAGCGUGUUGAAGGUAGCGAUGGAGGUGCAAUACCCAGUGAAACCAGCGAGGAUGAGAGUGAGAAUGACCGCUCAUGGCCGCCUCCGAAUCGGUACGCGGCCAGCAAGGCCAGGGCCAGCACUAGGGUUUUCCUAGUUGGAAGGGACGGACAUACUACUUACUCCAGUGACGAUGGCAACGAUCGACCGGCAGUGCAGCGAAACCGAGUGCAUUUUGAAAGAGACACCAUCCCGCCGUCCAGAUCAUCAUCUGCGUCAUAUGGCAGUCGCGUGUCCGAGGGCUACAGUUCGGAAUCCACCAGAUUCGAAACUAGAGAGCGAGACAAGAGUACUGGGUAUUAUUAUUCAUCGCCAUAUAAUGAGUACAUUGAGCAUGCUAGGAAUAUGUCAAGACCUCGGAUAGAACCACCCCGUUCCCGCUACCAAUCCGAAAAUCGUUCAACCCGACAGCGUACGGACCGGCAACGAAAGGGGCUUUCAAAGACCUUUUCUUUACUAAAGUCCUCCGUCAUUGGCGAUACUGAUACUCCGUUAUAUGGGAGAAACAUGCCCCUCGACCGAACCUGGAGCACAUUUGCAAAGAACUGGACCGACGGAGUCGCUACAUUUCACAUUAUUCAGUCUUCUGAAUACACCGCCGACAAAUCAAACGCGCAAACCAUCCGUCUCGUUUGCUCUAAUGGGGCCGGGGCACAUUCUCUACCAUCGGAACCAAAGGGCACAAAGUGGAUCCAUCUCGAAUCGAGUAACCUUACGUUGGAACUUUUAAAGACUUUUGUUCUCCGUCUUGAUUUUCUCUUACCCCCUGCACUACGCCGCUUAGCCAUCCAGACGAUUGAGGACAUCAGGCAAACUGAUCCACUCAAGGUGCGAUCUUUAGAUGGAACACGCCCAAAACUUGGAGAAGUCUUGGGUCGACUCUCUGCAAACUCUGGCUCCAAAACAAAAGGACAAGACAAUGCAAUCUUUCUUUCCAACCCCCAUCUCUUUGCUCCAGGUCCCCUAGACGCUCUACCAAUACAGGGCGUACCGACCUUAUUGGACAGCUUAUACGAGUAUAAUAUCGACAAUGGCAUUGAUAGUCAUGAUCAGGCUGCUCAAGCCGGGGGCAUAUUCGUUCCCCAAUUAUGGUCUCUGUUGUUGAAUUCAGAUAUUCUUAUAACCUGUUCCCAGCUCUCCUUUGAGAAACUCUGUCAUGGUCUAGUAGAGAUGGAUAUGAAUCAAUCUACAACCGAUGUCCGAUUUACUGUGACUAUCGUGGAUCCAUUUGAGAGGUCUUUCACGCUAGCAGUGCAUCCAUCAUCGACGUAUGUGGACUUCCUUAACGAUGUGCUCGAAAUGGGCACACCUCAUCACGAUUCUGUUGUCCCUUACGAGCUUCACGAUUCCAGUGGUAGUCCUGUACGUCCACAGCAAUGGAUACAGCUCCUACAGUCAAAAAAGUUGGAGGGGCAGGUGUUCAAGAUUCAAAGGAAGCCUACUGAGCUGUAUUCGGAGAGUGAAGCCGCAGAUUUUGAUCUGUGGCCCGAAUCCUCCGUCCACCAGAGUGGAACAUCGUAUCGAAUUCGAUCUAUGGAAAGAGAUCGGUCUGCAAUGCCGUAUGAAGCCCAUGUGUUGAAGCUUGUCGAGUCGGCGACAUUUAAGAAUAAGACCGCAGAUCAGGUCCGUGAUGAAUCAAGGUCAGUGUCAGUGCCUAUGCCACCGGCUGUCAAAGAAAGCGAGAAUGACUGGCAGCAUAAAACGGAUCCCAAUGUGUUUAUUGCCGACCAGUCUUCGGAUGAUGAGCACUUCGAAAGGGUUCGAGAGAAUGAGCCUGUAAACGAGUUUCCAAGAACAGGCCCCCAAGGUUCCUUCAGUGCCAAAGAUGAGCAGUUUGACUCUGACUAUCCCCGCCGCCACAGACAUCGCUCCCAAUCGAGGCGUUCGUCAUCUGUGCAGUCACAGAGAUGGCUAAAUAAGUCAAAACGAACCCCAUCGAUGGUGGAAACGUCUAUGCUUCCGGUGGAUAAAGUUUCCAUUUCUGUUUUGCGGGAGAUGGGCUACGACUUUACAAUCGAGGAUGACAUGUACAUAUUUUCAUUCCCUGUGGAUUUGGUAUCCAUUCAUCAGCUCCUCAACACCACCGUCGAAAAUAUCCCCAACAGGGUUGUCAAAAGGCCAUUCUUUACUUGGAAAUCAACGGCUUCACUGUCUCAGGUGGAAAUUACUGACGGUGUAAUCAAAGUGCUAAAUCGUAUUAUUAAGCUCCUACUCAAAGAACGCACCAGCAAACUACACCAGGACGGCUUUACCUGCACUUUGGCUGACUUGCAGACGCGUCAAAUCUCUUCUGAAGUGGUUGGCGAGCUUCCCGAUGUCAAGGAGUCUGUUGCAGAUGGCAAUCGCAAUGAUAAUGGCUCACAGCAUGGGAUUACUGCUGAACAGUCCAAAAAUCCUUCUUUCAGGUCAGAGCCAAACACUUCGACACAAAACAAUGAUUCAACGGUAAAAGAAACACCGGAUUCUCUUCACGAGUCCUCAUCCGAUACAUCUGAGGCUUCAACAAAUGAUAGCCAGGUUACACUUGUUGAUGCUAGGCAUGGGCGCUUGAUUGAGGUGACAAACUUGUUUCUGGAGGAUUUUGUUCCUAGAAAGGGCGAUGCUACCACCCAUAGACUCGUUCAACGUCUCUGGGGCUUUGUAGAUACGAUUUUGAGACAACUUGCUGCCGCUCCCCUUCGCUCACGGGAAUCAAAGCAAUGGAUCAUCCGCAAAUUCCCUAUGGCCGGCAACAAACUUGCCUUUGACCAGUGUAAAGACUGCACUAGCAAAGUUACUUAUGCUGGGUGUGCUGCUGCGCUUGACCAUCUGCACUCGACGCACAUGCAAUGUUCACAUGAGCACGACUUGAAGAUACCCUCUGAAGAUCCCUGUUUUAUCUGGCUCUCUUGCAUUGACGAGAUGCCUCCCAUGCAGACUGGUGACAGAGUCGCUAUUGGAAUCGAUAAUCUUGUGAACAACAUCCUCGAGAUCACAGCGCGCACCCACAACCUGCACUGCCUCGUGGCGUCGUCUACUCCCACCAAGCACAAAACACUGCCUCUCCUAUCGGAUCUUGUAUACCUCUUUCAGGAUACUGUCUCCAUGUAUGCCAUUGUUGCCCGUGAGCUGACAUACAUUGUCCGGGCAGACAUACAAUAUCCAAACGGCGCUAGAUGCUCUCGGCUUGCAUCGAGUCUGCAAAUGUUCCGAGAUAAAAUCAUGGUCAACAUUAGAUACUUGCUUGACACUGCCGAAGCGGAACUACUUCUCGGCUCAAAGACUCGCGAGUUUGACUUUGUCGAGGCUAUUGGCCCAGAGUUCCUCGUCGCAGCCCUCAGUAUCAAUCUGCAAAACAGACCCAUUGACGAAGACUCCCCUGAAACAAGCGAGCUAUACCGCCAGCGUCUCUGGCGACUGCGGUAUCAAGGCACCCGACGCCCAGACCGUCGACUUCAUCUGAACCUGAACAAGUUUGGUGACGAGAUUGAUGCGCUCAGCGCGCUGACCAAAAGCCAAAUACGCUGUCUGAAGGACUACGACCAGCUGAUCUCUCCAGCAUCCUCCCCAGUUACGGCACAAGAUCGUGAAAUCAACUAUAGGUUCGAAAAACUAUUGAUUAAUCGCCAAGUGCGCCAUCUCGAAGACCGCGAUGAUAGGCUUGCCAAGCUAUCCAGAGAAGCGAGACGACUCAAGGACGAGGUCCGCGCAAACAUUGAUAUUCUGGAAGAAGGUCAUGGCAAAGCCAUCCGCGUAUUCACGCUUGUUACGCUAUUCUUCCUCCCACUGUCCUUUGUCACGAGUUUCCUUGGCAUGAACACUGCUGAUAUCCGGGACAUGGACAAUGACCAGCGCUUGUUUUGGGCGAUUGGCAUCCCCGUCACUGUCGUAGUCUUUACAGUAGCCUUUGUCUAUGGGUACCAGAGUGACGUGCUGUUUGAUCGCAUUGCUGCGGCGCUAGAGGCCCGGCAGGCUCGUCGAGCAGCAUUGCUCAAGAGGCGGCCAACGCGCGAGGAUACGAUGUAUUCUAUCCGGUCGAUGCGAUCGGACGAUCUCAAACCAUCUAGUGAGUCCAAGAGAUUCGGUUUGUGGAAGCGGCAUGGUAAAAAGGACACCAGUAACGGCGUUGUAUAAGAAGCCGAGCCUUGUGUGUCUAACAAUUUAUCUAAAACAACACAUGACUUUGACAUAUAAACUUUUUCAUUGUUUCCGCUAUCCCAUUGCGACUUCUGUACAAAUUAAAAACUAAACUCCCGCUAUUUCAAAGAUCGCCACCCCCCAAAUCCAUGCUAUCCCAUCCGUCAAAGACGUCAAUGGUGCCCUCCAAGUCAAAUAAAUCGCCCUCCGUCACCGGCUCAAGUGCCAAAUCUAGCGCUGUAGCAUCCAGAGCGCUCGCGUCCAAGACACUGGCAUCUACAGCCAUAGUGUCGUCGACAGCCGCCGUAAUAGCAUCGUCCAGCUGCGUCGCAUCCGCCGCUAUAAGAGUCAUCUCUGCAUCCUGUAGGAUAGGUUCCGGCGGGGGAAUAAGCAGCUGAGCCUCGACCUUGCGGUGCAGACGGACAAUAAUCUCCGCGCGCUGCGCAUCCUUCUUUUGCGUAAUCUUCCAGUCGUCGGCCUCAGCCUUGAGGGCGCCGCGCAGGUCUAGCGGGCUCGACGCAGACGUAGGCCCAGCAGUUACAUCCGGUGCUGCAAUUAGCGCAACAGCAAGGUCGUAGGCGGCGCCAGCAUGACCCGCGUCUGUCUGCUGCCGCACCUCGUCGACGAUGAGGCGGAGUAGGCGCCGAGCACCGAUGAUCUUGACGCCAGCAACGAGCUUACGGUGUGUGUAGUCGGGAGGCGGGCUACUGGUGCCUGAUUGCAGACUCCACUGGAUGAGACUCUGCAUCGUUUGGCGCAGAGCACCUGUGAGGCCUGCGGACGAUGAAUUUGCCCAUUUCUCGAGUUCGGUGUUUUCGGCGCAUCCUGUGCGGCGUGACAGCGGCACGUUUUCACGUAGAGACUCGAUCAGAGGCUCGACCUCCUGGUUGCGCGGGUCUUCGCGUUGGUAUGUCCGCAGGGCGUGCGUGAGGGGCUGCGCAAUCAGGUUCUUGACGGAGAUGAGCAUGAUGUUGGCCUCUUGGUUGGAGCUGGGCGUCAUGGCCAUGUGGAGGAUCUUGAUGAUGGACUUUUGCUCCUUCUGGUCAACCCACAGGUAGUCGGCAAGGAAGAGCAUGGCCGGGGCGAGGCACGGGAGCAGGAAAGUAUCCGCAAGGUCUGUGGGAAGUUAGCUACAAGAACGAUAGAAGGUUGGAAAGGAGAAAAAAAGAUACGUACAUUCAAACCCACCCUUGAGUGUUUCUUCGUUCACAUAGCCGUGGGCAUGGGCAGUCACAAUACUCUGGAAAAUGGUACCAAUAAGCUGGUAAAAGUCCCCAGGGGGACAUGAAGACAUGAGGUCGUCGCCAAGGCCUCCAGCAUCGCUGUCAAAGAGACCCUGAAUCCAGCCGUUGACGUGGUUCUUUUCUUGUUCGGAGAGGUCGUCCAGUGAGCGGCUGGCGUGGCUCUUGUUGAUGAUUCUCGCAAUAGCAGAAUCGUUCGACGGCGCGCCAAGCGUAGUGCUCGACACUUUAUACCGGUAAGCAAAAGCCAGUACGAGUAGCAGGAUGGAUCCAAAUUCGUCAUAGACGGGCUGGUACUCAGUCUGAUCGUCGUCGUACUUCCAGCCGUCGAGGAGCUGGCACAGCGGCGCCAUGAUGGCUGGCAGCUUCUCAAAGAGAAGUAGAAUAUCUAGCGACUGGGGUUUCUGCGCCAGCUGAGAACAGAGCAACUUAAGCGUCAUGGUCUCUUUAUUGUUACACAGCUGGCGGAUAAGCUCGACAAGCGCUUGGCAAACUGCGCCGACGUUGCCAUCCAUCUUUUCAAGCUCAAGUAGAAGGCCUUGGAUUUUGGACGGGUCUGUCAGGCAUUCCUGCACGAGCGUCUCCUUUGAUUGCUUUUGUAGAUUGGGGUUGUACGCCAUCGACAGCUCGCCGAGGAUUCUGUCAACGUGCCCACGGUCAAUGAGGCCGUGCAGAGCACAGGCUGAACAGAACUCCUCGCGGACGCUGUCGGUGUGCUGAUUGCUCUCCUGGAUAGAAUCAAACAUGAGAGAGGCGGUUGGGAAGACAUUGUUAUCCAGUUGAUUGAGAGCUUCUGUGAUGCAGAACUCCGAUGUCGUUGUGGAAAACUCGGGCGGUACGAGCUGGCACAGGAGCAGUGGGACUUUGUUGACGAGAUACGAGCGUAGAAGGUUGCCGUCAUUGGAGUUGGGCUUCUUCCAUGCUGCAGAGGCUAGGACAUCGAAGGAUGCUAGGAUCAAAUCAAUGGCGCUAGCCUGUGUGUUUCCUUGAUGUCGGUUGUUAAGGUACGAAAACAGGGUGUGGUCGUCCAAGAUGGGUCGACCGAU